CAGGCCCCGGCUCCCGCUCAGGCCCUACUCGACCCUCUCGGGCCUCGGCUACUCGGGCCUCGGCUACUCGGAAGAUGGCGGCUUCCACGGCUCAGACCAACAGCUCCGAAGCAGCGCUUGCUGCUGUCCUGGUGGACAUGCCCGAGCUGGCUCGGCUCCUUGAGAUUGACCCGUACCUGAAGCCCUUCGCUGUGGACUUCCACAACAGGUAUAAACAUUUUUGCAUGACUUUGAACAACAUUACAGAACAUGAAGGUGGUAUUGAUAAGUUUUCCAAAGGCUAUGAAUCAUUUGGCGUCCAUAGAUGUCCUGAUGGUGGUUUAUACUGCAAAGAAUGGGCCCCUGGAGCAGAAGGAGUUUUUCUUACUGGAGAUUUCAAUGGCUGGAAUCCAUUUUCAUACCCAUAUAAAAAACUGGAUUUUGGAAAGUGGGAGUUGUACAUCCCACCAAAGCAGAAUCAAUCUAUAGUGGUGCCUCAUGGAUCCAAAUUAAAGGUAGUUAUUACAAGUAAAAGUGGAGAGAUCUUGUAUCGUAUUUCACCAUGGGCGAAGUAUGUGACUCGUGAAGUUGGUAAUGUUAAUUAUGACUGGAUACACUGGGAUCCGGAACACCCGUAUAAAUGUAAGCACUCCAGACCAAAGAAGCCAAGAAGUCUAAGAAUUUAUGAAUCUCAUGUGGGAAUUUCUUCCCAUGAAGGAAAAAUAGCUUCUUAUAAACAUUUUACAUGCAAUGUACUGCCAAGAAUUAAAAACCUUGGUUACAACUGCAUUCAGUUGAUGGCAAUCAUGGAACACGCUUACUAUGCGAGUUUUGGUUACCAAAUUACAAGCUUCUUUGCAGCUUCAAGCCGGUAUGGAACACCUGAAGAACUAAAAGAACUAGUUGACACAGCUCAUUCAAUGGGUAUAAUAGUCCUCUUAGAUGUUGUACACAGCCAUGCUUCAAAGAAUUCAGAGGAUGGACUGAACAUGUUUGAUGGGACAGAUUCCUGCUAUUUUCAUUCUGGUCCUAGAGGGAAUCACAAUCUUUGGGAUAGUAGAUUGUUUAUCUACUCCAGUUGGGAAGUUUUAAGAUUCCUUCUAUCAAACAUAAGAUGGUGGUUGGAAGAGUACGCCUUUGAUGGAUUUCGUUUUGAUGGUGUUACCUCCAUGCUCUAUCAUCACCAUGGAAUAGGUCAAAACUUUUCAGGUGAUUACCAUGAAUAUUUUGGACUACACGUAGAUGAAGAUGCCUUGAUUUAUCUCAUGUUGGCAAAUCAUUUGGCUCACACAUUGUAUCCAGAUUCUAUAACAAUAGCUGAGGAUGUUUCAGGAAUGCCAGCUUUGUGUUCUCCAGUUUCCCUGGGUGGUUGUGGCUUUGACUAUCGAUUAGCCAUGGCAAUUCCAGAUAAAUGGAUACAGCUACUUAAAGAAUUUAAAGAUGAAGACUGGAAUAUGGGCAAUAUAGUUCACACCCUUACAAACAGACGCUACCUAGAAAAGUACAUUGCUUAUGCAGAGAGCCAUGAUCAGGCACUUGUUGGUGAUAAAUCACUGGCAUUCUGGAUGAUGGAUGCAGAAAUGUAUUCGAACAUGAGCGUUCUGGCACCUUUUACUCCAGUCAUUGAUCGUGGAAUACAGCUUCAUAAAAUGAUUCGACUCAUUACUCAUGGGCUUGGGGGUGAAGGUUAUCUCAAUUUCAUGGGUAAUGAAUUUGGGCAUCCAGAAUGGUUAGACUUCCCAAGAAAAGGAAACAAUGAGAGUUACCAUUAUGCCAGAAGGCAGUUUCAUUUAGCUGAUGAUGACCUUCUCCGCUAUAAGUUCCUAAAUAACUUUGACAGGGAUAUGAAUAAAUUGGAGGAAAGAUAUGGUUGGCUUUCAGCUCCACAGGCCUAUGUGAGUGAACAGCAUGAAUCCAAUAAGAUCAUCAGCUUUGAGAGGGCAAAUCUUCUUUUUAUUUUCAACUUCCAUCCAAGCAAGAGCUACAGUGAUUAUAGAGUUGGAACAGCAUUGCUAGGGAAAUUCAAAAUUGUGCUAGAUUCAGAUGCAGCUGAGUAUGGAGGACACCAGAGAGUGGACCACAAUACCAAUUUCUUUUCAGAGCCUUUUGAACAUAAUGGGCGUCCUUAUUCUCUUUUGAUAGCAACAAACAGAGCUCGAAAGAGUCCUAAAAUAGCCAUACAUGCUGCAGCAUCAGCUCCACUAGCUGAAACUGUGAAGCCAGGGAAUAACUGCAUGUGUAUUACUGUUGAAAUAUAUUUGCUAAGGUCAGAGUAUCUCACAAAUGCUAAAAAACGAUAG